AUGCAAAACUCUCAUAUCGCGUUUGGGCAGACCAGCGUGGGCUUGAAGCUCCAGUUCGUUUUCAUUGGCCGCUGGCUAAGUGACACUCCAAUCCACUUGGACGCUCUCGAGAUCAUUGCCGAGAAAGCUCGUCGGUUCUGGUGGGGCCAGCAGAUCGAGCUCGCAACGAUGUCAUGGAGCUUGCUGCUGGCCGUCGAAGGCAGACGAAGGAGAAUCCCCUCUGUCUGGGCCUACCUCGGACUAGCACACCUUGUCAGCCUUUCAUUCGCCCAGAACCUCUUCUAUCUCGCAUUGCUUCUUACUCCGGCUCCGACUACUACAGCAGACGACAGCCAUCCUACCUCUACACUAGGACGCAUGCGCAAGAGACUCUUACCUGUGAAGCCUGUCAACUGGACGCCACACCCGGCCUUGCUCUUGGCAUCAUUCUGCUUUGCUUACGUUCUGAUAUACUGGGCUCCAUCGACAACAGGCACGGCGACAUUUGCCCGCAUCGCAAUCUUUGGGCGACUUCUGACGUUUGGUCCUAUUGUCAUCCCCGCCGUCGUUCCAGCUAGUUGGGGCACAGUGUACUCUGAUCCUCACGGAGCAUAUGGCAUAUUCACUGAACUCUUUCGCUUUGUAUCCACAGCGAGUUUCGCCUUCCACGUCAAAGGCACCGCGCUUGCUUUGCUUUACAAUGCGCCAAAUGCCCACUAUCAUCGUCAUAGCCGGUUCCUACCUUUCGACAUAGAGAAACGCUCGACGUGGGAGCGUACAACAACGGCGCUUGGAAAAGUCUUGGGAUCGGCAUCCGAUCAUCCUGUUGUAGCUGCUGUGGCAUGGGACGUUUUGCUCAGCGGAGUCAGCCAAGGGUUAUGGGCGGCUACACGUGUGUUGGAUGUGAAUGACAUUCUAGCCGCCUCUACUCCGUUCGCUCCGAACGAUUCAUCGAAGGCAAAGCCACAACCCAGACUACUGGGAGGAAGUGACAAAACAAAGCCGGAGUCGGAAUCGUCCAGCCACACCAACACAGUUUCUACGCGACGCAGGGGUAAUCAACAUGCAGAAAAGAGCAAGCCCGCAGAAAUGACAAUUUCAGAGACGCCUGUGUCUAGAAGCACCCGCCGAGGCCAUACCCUGAAGCGUACGGCAAACCCCGAGGAGGCACCAGAAGAUGCAUACGAGCCGAGCCCUGCGGAAAGCCGCGCUGCUGUCGAAGGCGAUGAACUCCCCGAUGGCGAUGUGGACUGGGAAUCUGCAGCGUUGGCUUGGGGCCUCACAGCCUUGGGAGGCCUUGGAUCUAGCAGCGCUGGUGUUUUUGGGGCCGAGUGCACAUCUCGAUGA